GGGACCAAGGGUCAUUCACUUGGCUUCUGCGCCUGUCCUGGGAUGGUUGGCGUCUCCUUGCUGCCUCUCUGAGCUCUGGCUGUUCGGUCUCUGGAUGCCGCUGCCUCUCCGGAACGGUUGUCUGUUCUAGUCCCUGUCCUCCGCCGCCAUGUCCACCUCCAAGAAGCGUCUCAUGCAGGGCAUGCACCAGGACCUCAGCUGCCCCAUCUGCCUCAAGCUGUUCCAGUCUCCCGUGACGACGGAAUGCGGGCACACCUUCUGCCAGAAUUGCUUGUCCCAAGUGCCCAAAGAAGAGGACGGCAAGGCCACCGCGUGCCCCACCUGCCAGGCCCUCACCAAGGUGGAGCAGCUGCGCAUCAACCAGCAGAUGGAGCACCUGGUCGAGUGCUUCCGGCAGGUGCCCCGGGACCACUGCGAGGAACACCUGGACCCUCUGAGUGUCUACUGCGAGCAGGACCGCCAGGUCAUCUGCGGGGUGUGCGCUUCCCUGGGCAAACACAAGGGGCACAACAUCAUCACUGCUGCUGAGGCCCAUCAGAGGAUGAAGAAGCAACUUCCUCAGCAGCAAGUCCAGUUGCAAGAGGCCCAGGUGCGCAAGGAGAAGACGAUUGCCCUCCUGAAUCAGCAAAUAGCAGAAGUGGAGGAGACUGUGUCUCGCUUCAAGCAUCAAGUAUCUGAUCAGCUGGGGGCGAUGCGAACUUUCCUGGGGGCGUUGGAAUCUUCUCUAGGCCGGGAAGCUGAGCGGGUGCAGCACCAGGCCACAGACGCCUUGCAAAACGAGCGCAAGACCAUGACCCGCUACCUGGACCAGCUCAGGCAGAUGGAGACUGUGCUGGGAGAGGUGCAGGAUGAACCACAGACAGAAUUUCUCAGGAAAUACUGUUUGGUGGCCAGCAGAUUGCAAAAGAUCCUUGGAGAGUCCCCACCAAUCGCUCGCAUGGACAUCCAGCUCCCCAUCAUUUCAGAUGAGUUCAAGUUCCAAGUCUGGAGGAAGAUGUUCCGUGCACUGAUGCCAGCCUUGGAGAACCUCACCUUAGACCCAGACACUGCCCAAGCCAACCUUGUGGUGUCAGAGGAUGGCAAGCGGGUGGAGUGCGUGGAGCACAAGCAAGCCGUGAGCACCGAUGACCCCCAGCGCUUUGACAAGUCCAACUGCCUGGUGUCGCGCCAGAGCUUCUCGCAGGGUGAGCAUUACUGGGAGGUGACAGUGAACGACAAGCCCCGCUGGGCCCUGGGUGUCAUCUCAGCUGAGGCUGGGCGCAAGGGCCGCCUGAACGCCGUCCCGUCCAAUGGCUUCUGGUUGGUGGGGCACAAGGAAGGCAAGACCUACGAGGCCCACGUGGAACACAAGGAGCCAAGGCCGCUGAAGCUAGAGGCGAAGCCCAGGCGCAUCGGCAUCUACCUCAGCUUCGACGACGGCAUCCUAGCCUUCUACGACGCCAGUGAUGAAGACAACCUGGUGCAGAUCUUCGCCUUCCACGAGCGCUUUACGGGCACCGUCUACCCCUUCUUCGACGUUUGCUGGCACGACAAGGGCAAGAACAGCCACCCCUUGGUCAUCUACAUGCCAGAGCCAGAAGGGCCGUAAUCAACGCUGGGAAGAAAUGCUCAUCACCACAUCCCGUCACAUCUUAUGUUACAGAGACACCCAGCCGCAUUCUCUCUUUAAAAGCCCCGGAGGGUGCACGUGUGGCCUGUUCCAAGCUGAGCCACAUCCCCCAUCCCCAGCCCAUCGUUGGUAGUUUUAAACUCCACACCAUACCCUAUAUAAGACACCCAAAUUGUCUCCAUGUAUUAUCUUGAUUGAAAAAAAGUGUCACUGUACUUUGCAUAAACACAAGAUCUGGCACCAAGUCUGGAAUCCUGAUCAUCUCAUUGGUUUCAAAAUGCAACUUGUCCGCUCUUGUAGUUCACCAAGAGAAUGUGGGAAACACAUGGAUGGGGUCUAAAGCCUCAGAAACGAGAGGAAGCGUGGGCAUACCUCCCGUGGCUAGGGGAUGGGAUUCCAGAGGCCUAAAGAGCUCCCCACCUCUGCCCUAUGCCUGCUGUCCCCCCAUACUGUCCAUCUUAAGCCAAGCUCCAUGUCCUCUUUUCCAUCCAUUUCUCUCUGUCAUCACAAUGAAAAAGAGUCCCAUUAUUUGAAAGCCCAAAUCUUGGAAGUACAAUAAAUUGUAUUAAAAAAAAAUAAAAUUUUUUUUUUAAAAAGCA